AGUUACAGGAUGUUACUGUUAAAGUAGAAUAAAAUUUAUCUCGGUUUCCAUCGUGACGAUAAGAGAUCGCAGUUUCCAUUUAUCACUUAUUAUUGCUGUAAGCGUAGGUCGAGGUUGCGGCGAUUUAAAUCUCUGAAAGGUCAAAGAUGGCCGCCAACAAAUUACGUGAUGCCCAUUGAAAUAGUUGGUACCGAACAGUUUUUUAUCGUUGACAAGCCUCACCUUGAAAAUCACAGUUUUUUAAACACAUCGUUUAUACAUAAUUGUUUAACAUGCUACCAAUGUAAAAGUGUAUCAGCUACCAGUUCUUGCAUUACCAAUCCUGAGGAAUCGGCGGUUUGUGAAAAAACCUACUGUACCAUUUUCAGACGCGAGCUUCAAGAUCCUGCUGGACUCGUCAUUGCCUUCUAUAGAGCCUGUGAUGAUUUUCCACAGUUCUUAAAUACGGUCGUCGACACGCCGUUCCAUAAAACGUAUUAUCGUGCAUGUACCAGUGAUCUUUGUAACGAAGGAAAUGGAUAUGAUGAAUUUUCUGUUUACGAAACAGAUGAAUUUGAUUCUAAUAUUAUAUAUGUUCCUGGGAUAGGAUCAUUUGGAAAUACCAUUGUACCUACAUUUUGGAUUGUCUUUAUAACUGUGUUGAGUCACUUUUGAUACAAUAAUACUACCUUGUUUGUGUGUUAAAUUUCUCAAAUAUUGUAAAAACACUGGAUUUUAAAUGUUUAAAAAGAAUGGGGGAUCAUAAUAAUAAAACGAGAUAUUAUGUUUAUUAAUAUAUAAUAAUUUCUUCCUUGCUUUACUUAAUGGCUUUAUUUAUCUCUUAGGGGAACAUGUGUGUUAG